AGUCUUCCUUGUAGGCAUAUGGAUAUUAUUCUAUCACUGACAGCGUUGUACUUCAGGAUAGAUCUUGAAAUGUUCUUUUUGACCAUGAAUGCGACACCAUUCCUCUUCAAGUUGUCAUUCCCAGCAUAGUAGACUAUAUGAUUGUCCAAUUCAAAAUGGACAGUCACUGAUGCCUAGGAUAUCGAUGUUUAUGUUUUCCAUUUCAUUUUUGACAAUUUCCAAUUUUCCUAGAUUCAUACUUCAUACAUUCUAGGUUCUGAUUAUUAAUGGAUGUUUGCAGCUGUUUCUUCUCAUUUUGAGUCAUGACAUCAGCAAAUGAAGGUCCCGAAAGCUUUACUCCAUCCACAUCAUUAAGGUCGACUCUAUUUUGGGGAGGCAGCUCUUCCCCAAUCAUCUUUUGAGUGCCUUCCAACCUGGGGGGUCAUCUUCCAGCACUAUAUCAGACAGUGUUCUGCUGCUAUUCAUAAGGUUUUCACUGGCUAAUGGUUUUCAGAAGUAGACUGCUGGGUCCUUCUUCCCAGUCUGUUUUAGUCUGGAAGCUCAGCUGAAACCUGUCUUCCAUGGGUGACCCUGCUGGUAUCUGAAUACUGGUGGCACAGCUUCCAGCAUCACAGCAACACGCAAGCCCCCACAGUAUCAUAUAAAUGGAAUCAUGCAGAAUGAGUAUGUAGCUUUUUGAGUCUGGGUUCCUUCAUUUACCACAAUUCAAUAGCGGAUUCAUUAUGUUGUUACAUGUAUCAGUACUUUCUUAUUACUUCUCAGUAGUAGUACUCCCUUGUAUGAUACACUACCAGGAUUUUUCUAGUCUUUGGAAAUUAUGAAUAAAAUCAUUAUAAACAUUUGCAUACAAAUUUUCGUGUGAACACAAGUUUUCAUUUCUCUUAGGUAUAUACCUAGGAGCCAAUUUCUGGGUAAUACAAUAAAUAUAUAUUUAACUUGCAAGAAACUGCUUGUCUUAGUCAUCUAGUGCUGCUAUAACAGAUAUACCACAAGUGGAUAUCUUUAACAAACAGAGGUUUAUUCUGUCACAGUCUAGUAUGCUGGAAGUCCAAAUGCAGGGCAUCAGCUCCAGCGGAAGGCUUUCUCCAUUGGCUCUGGAGGAGGGUCCUUGUCAUCAAUCUUCCCCUGGUCUAGGAGCUUCUCAUGCACACGGUCCCUGGGUCCAAAGGACAUGCCCUGCUGCCAGCACUGCUUUCUUGGUGGACCUGGGCCUUUUCCUGGAGUUGUAGACAUUUCUGAAGUUGGAGCUGGCCUUCCAGAGUACCGAGCUAGUCUGCUGGCUGGGAAGGGUUUUGCUGUGAUGGCUCUAGCUUAUUACAACUAUGAAGACCUUCCCAAGAGCAUAGAGAUCCUACACCUGGAGUACUUUGAAGAAGCCGUGAACUACCUGCUCAAUCGCCCUGAGGUAAAGGGUCCAGGACUUGGACUACUUGGAAUUUCUAAAGGUGGCGACCUUUGCCUCUCUAUGGCCUCAUUCCUGAAGGGGAUCACGGCUGCCACCAUAAUUAAUGGCUGUGUGGCCAAUAUUGGGGGAGUCUUACAAUAUAAGGACGAGACCCUGCCCCCCUUGAGCAUCAACCGAAAUCGAAUCAAGGUGACCGAAGAUGGCCUUGUAGACAUUGUGGAUGUCCUCAACUGCCCUUUGGAAGGACCUGAUCAGAAGAGCUUCAUUCCUGUGGAAAGGGCUGAGUGCACCUUCCUGUUCCUUGUUGGUUUGGAUGACCACAACUGGAAGAGUGAGUUCUAUGCUAAUGAGGCCUCUAACCGCUUACAGGCCCAUGGUAAGGAAAAGCCCCAGAUCGUCUUUUACCCAGGGGCUGGGCACUGUAUUGAGCCUCCUUAUUUCCCCAUGUGCCGGGCUUCCAUGCACAGCUUGUUGGGUAGUCCUGUCAUCUGGGGUGGAGAGCCCAGGGCUCAUGCCGUGGCCCAGGUGGAUGCUUGGAACCAACUCCGGACUUUCUUCCACAAACACUUAGGUGAUAAAGAGUAAUUGCUUAUUGAAAGUUUGGUGAGCUAAACUCUAAUAUAUGCUAUAAACAUCAGUUAAUAUUUGUUCACUUGAAUGUAUUAUAACAACAUUUUCGGGUUUUUAUUCCUUUUUCUUUAAAUACUAAUAUGAUUAUAAAGAGUUUGCAUACAAAUAAGCAAUAUCAGGAGUGAAAGGGGAACCAUAAGACAUUAUAGAGGUUAAACAUUAGAGCAUGAGAGAUAAAGCUGACACCUCCUUCAUUGCUUUGUUUACUGCGACAACCAUCACCUGUUUCCCAAAAGUAACCUUUGUGAUGAUCUUGAUGUAUAUUCUUUCAGAUGUUAUAUUUUAACAUGCAUGUAUGUACUAAUAAAAAAAAGUUUUGUUGCAACAAUAUCACAGAAAAAGCAUUAUUGAUUUUACAAAACAAGUAAGUGGUGGGAAAAAGGCAUUUUCUUUUACC